UCAUUUCAUUUCAUUCAGGGAGAGAUGUGUAGACAAAAACUCGAGCCCCAAUAGCUCAUCUGCCAGUCACCUCUACCAAUUUACACGAAAGCCUUCACCGGCUCGUCCGGUCGACCGCCGCUUCAUGGCCCCCACCACCGCCUCAUGGCAGCAGCACCCAACUAAUUCUAUAAGAAUACUCUCACUACCGAGCUUUUCUUCUUUCGUUUCAUUUCAUUUUUUAUGCAUCUGAAACUGAAAGCUCUGGCGGCCUUUCAAAUCUCCAUCGAGGGUGUUGACUGUUGAGCACAAAACUAGCCACUGGGUUACUGUCCACUGCUAAAGUGUCAAAAUGUCAGCGCCCAAUGCGGAUUUGUCCCACAAUGGAGAUAUGAGACAUGUUGAUUCACUAUGUAGUGUGGCAGAAAUUGACGAAAUUGAUUUUUCAAAGUUACUAGACAAACCAAGCCUUCUGAAUAUGGAGAGAAAAAGAUCAUUUGAUGAGAGGUCACUCAGUGAACUAUCUGUUGCGGUGUCCCCACAUCCCUCAUCGAGAAAUGCUGAGAACACUUCCAGAUUUUUUGAACCUCCUGAGUACGUAUUUUCGCCCUGUAGUAGAAUGUCACUCAUGGGUACCCCUAGGUCCCAGAUGGGCUUUGAGCCACAUCCAAUGAUUGGUGAAGCUUGGGCUACUUUGAGGCGUUCAUUGGUGUUUUUCCGUGGUCAGCCAGUUGGGACAAUUGCUGCCUCAGAUACCACAGAAGAAAAUCUUAACUAUGACCAGGUGUUUGUUCGAGACUUCGUCCCCAGCGGAUUGGCUUUUCUCAUGAAUGGUGAACCAGAAAUAGUUAAAAAUUUUAUCUUGAAGACUCUUCGUCUUCAGUCGUGGGAGAAAAAGAUUGAUAGGUUUCAUCUAGGAGAAGGAGUAAUGCCAGCUAGUUUCAAAGUACUCCAUGAUCCUGUCCGGAAUAGUGAGACUUUAAUAGCAGAUUUUGGUGAGAGUGCGAUAGGAAGAGUUGCUCCUGUUGAUUCUGGAUUUUGGUGGAUCAUAUUGCUUCGAGCAUACACAAAAUCCACUGGAGACUCUUCAUUGGCUGAACUGCCUGAAUGCCAGAAGGGUAUGCGGCUUAUUCUAAGUUUAUGCCUAUCGGAGGGGUUUGAUACAUUUCCAACCCUUCUUUGUGCUGAUGGAUGCUGCAUGAUUGAUCGUAGAAUGGGUGUUUACGGGUAUCCCAUCGAAAUUCAGGCUCUCUUCUUCAUGGCUUUAAGAUGUGCUUUGCUUCUUCUUAAGCACGAUGAUGAGGGGAAGGAGUUUAUUGAGCGCAUAUCAAAACGCCUUCAUGCCUUGAGCUAUCACAUGAGAAGUUACUUUUGGCUAGACUUUAAGCAGUUAAAUGACAUAUAUCGUUAUAAAACUGAAGAAUAUUCGCAUACAGCAGUCAACAAGUUCAAUGUGAUGCCAGAUUCUCUUCCGGACUGGGUUUUUGACUUUAUGCCAACUCGUGGUGGUUACUUUAUAGGGAAUGUCAGUCCUGCCAGAAUGGAUUUCCGUUGGUUUUGCUUGGGUAAUUGUGUAGCGAUUCUUUCGUCCUUGGCAACCCCUGAACAAUCUAUGGCAAUAAUGGAUCUAAUAGAAUCACGAUGGGAGGAAUUGGCAGGAGAAAUGCCACUAAAGGUCUGUUAUCCAGCAAUAGAAAAUCAUGAAUGGAAGAUUGUAACAGGCUGCGACCCGAAAAAUACUAGAUGGAGCUACCACAAUGGGGGAUCUUGGCCAGUGCUCUUAUGGCUUCUCACUGCUGCAUCCAUCAAGACUGGGAGGCCCCAGAUAGCUAGACGCGCCAUUGAACUUGCCGAGAGCAGGUUGCUGAAAGACAACUGGCCUGAGUACUACGAUGGGAAACUUGGUCGUUAUGUUGGGAAGCAAGCCCGUAAAUUCCAGACCUGGUCAGUUGCGGGGUACUUGGUAGCGAAGAUGAUGUUGGAAGACCCAUCUCAUUUGGGGAUGAUAGCGCUCGAGGAUGACAAACAGAUGAAGCCAGCAAUGAGGAGAUCAAAUUCGUGGACUUGCUAAUUCAACCGCGGUCAACCUAUGACCUAAGGAUGACCUAAUCGGCACAAGGGUUUGGUUCAGGGGUUAGGGGAGUAGAUGGAGGACCAACAACUUGAUGAAGUAGUGGCUUCUUGCUUAUUUAAAUAAGCUACUUGUAUGUAGUAUGCUUGUAAUAUGUCUUUUCCUAGUGCAAAACCUUCUAUUCUAAUUAACUAAUUCCUUCCCAUAUUUUGUCAUUACUUCCUUGAAGAGAUGAGAUUUGAUGCCAAGGACUUUUCCCAAACAAAUGCUUAAGCCACAUAAGCACUUUUA